CCGCCUUGGCCCCUCUCGGCUAGCCCCGGCCAGCACCGCUGCGGCUCUGGCAGGGCAGCGAGCGCGCGGAGCCGGGAAGGAUGCGGCGCCCGCGGCGGCCUGGGGGUCCCGGGGGAUCCGGGGGUCUCCGGGUGCUCCUCUGCCUCCUGCUGCUGAGCAGCCGGCCGGGAGGCUGCAGCGCCAUUAGUGCCCACGGCUGCCUGUUUGACCGCAGACUGUGCUCUCACCUUGAAGUCUGUAUUCAGGAUGGCUUGUUUGGACAGUGCCAAGUGGGAGUGGGGCAGGCCCGGCCCCUUUUGCAAGUCACUUCCCCAGUUCUUCAACGCUUACAAAGUGUGCUCCGACAGCUCAUGUCCCAAGGAUUGUCCUGGCAUGAUGACCUCACUCAGUAUGUGAUCUCCCAGGAGAUGGAGCGCAUUCCCAGGCUUCGCCCCCUAGAGCCCCGCCCAAGGGACAGAUCUGGCUUGGUGCCCAGAAGACCAGGUCCCGCUGGGGAGCUGCUUUUACAGGGCAUCCCCACUGGCUCCCCUGCUGCAGCCCAGCACCGGCUUCCUCGCCCUCCAGUGGGUGGGGGCAGAGCUGGGGUAGGCUCCCCACUGUCCCCCCUGCAGGCUGAGCUGCUGCCCCCUCUUUUGGAGCAUCUACUGCUGCCCCCACAGCCCCCCCACUCUGCCCUGAGUUAUGAGCCUGCCGUGUUGCAACCCUAUCUGUUCCAUCAGUUUGCCUCCCGUGAUGGCUCCCGGGGCCCAGAGAGCUCUCCAGGGAUGGUCAGUGUCAGCCCCCUCCCCAAGGCUGGACCCCCUGCCCUCUUCAGCAGAACUGCCUCCAAGAGCACGUUUGGGGCUCACCCUGGCCACUCCUACGGGGACCCUCCAGGGCCUUCACCUGCUCAGCUUUUCCAGGAGUCAGGGCUGCUCUACCUUGCCCAGGAGCCACCAGUGCCCAGCAGGGCCAAGGCUCCAAGGCUGCCAGAGCAAGGGGGUAGCAGCCAUGCAGAGGACCCCACAGAGGGCUAUGAGGAGGAAGGACUAGAGGAUCCCAGGGAGAAGCCUCCUUCCCCGGCAGAGCAGCCAGAUGUAACCCUGCAGAGACUGGCAGCUGUGCUGGCAGGCUAUGGGGUGGAGUUGCGCCAGCUGACCCCUGAGCAGCUCUCCACCCUCUCAACCCUGCUACAGCUGCUGCCCAAGGGAGCAGGACGGAAUCUGGGAGGGGUUGUAAAUAUUGGAGCUGACAUCAAGAAAACCAUGGAGGAGCAGGUACAGGGUGGAGACACAGCAGAGCCUCCGUCCCCCACACUCACCCUGCCUGGAUACUCCACAGCCAGCCGCACCUCCAGUAAAGCCCAGCAGGUGUUGAUCUCUGGACCCUCUGAGCCCCCCGGAGCUGCUGACCCCUCUGCCACACCUGUGCUGUUGGAGAAGAAAAGUCCAGUGGGCCAGAGCCAGCCCACGGUGGUGAGGCAGCCCUCAACUUGGCCCUCUGCAGAGGAGUAUGGCUACAUUGUCACUGACCAGAAGCCCCUGAGUCUGGCUGUGGGAGUGAAGCUGCUGGAGAUCCUGGCUGAGCAUGUGCACGUGUCCUCAGGCAGCUUUAUCAACAUCAGUGUGGUGGGACCAGCCCUCACUUUCCGCAUCCGGCACAAUGAACAGAACGUGUCUUUGGCUGAUGUGACCCAGCAAGCUGGGCUGGUGAAGUCCGAACUGGAAGCACAGACAGGGCUCCAGAUCUUGCAGACAGGAGUGGGGCAGAGGGAGGAGGCAGCUGCAGUCCUUCCCCGACCAGCCCGAGGCACGUCUCCCAUGCGCUCGGUGCUACUCACUCUGGUGGCUGUGGCAGGUGUGGCUGGGCUGCUAGUGGCUCUUGCAGUGGCUCUGUGUGUGCGGCAGCAUGUGCGGCAGCGGGACAAGGAGCGCCUGGCAGCCCUGGGACCUGAAGGAGCCCAUGGGGACACUACCUUUGAGUACCAGGACCUGUGCCGCCAGCACGUGGCCACAAAGUCCCUGUUCAGCCGGGCAGAGGGUCCGCCUGAGCCUUCUCGGGUGAGCAGCGUGUCCUCCCAGUUCAGCGAUGCAGCCCAGGCCAGCCCCAGCUCCCACAGCAGCACCCCAUCCUGGUGCGAGGAGCCCGCCCAGGCCAACAUGGACAUCUCCACAGGACACAUGAUUCUGGCAUACAUGGAGGACCACCUACGGAACCGGGACCGCUUGGCCAAGGAGUGGCAGGCCCUGUGUGCCUACCAGGCGGAGCCCGACACUUGCACCACGGCCCAGGAAGAGGGCAACAUCAAAAAGAACCGCCACCCCGACUUCCUGCCCUAUGACCACGCUCGCAUCAAGCUGAAGGUGGAGAGCAGCCCUUCACGGAGCGAUUACAUCAAUGCCAGCCCCAUUAUUGAGCAUGACCCUCGGAUGCCAGCCUACAUAGCCACACAGGGCCCGCUGUCCCACACCAUCGCAGACUUCUGGCAGAUGGUGUGGGAGAGUGGCUGCACUGUCAUCGUCAUGCUGACCCCACUGGUGGAGGAUGGUGUUAAGCAGUGUGACCGCUACUGGCCAGAUGAGGGCUCUUCCCUCUACCACGUAUAUGAGGUAAACCUGGUAUCGGAGCACAUCUGGUGCGAGGACUUCCUGGUGCGGAGCUUCUACCUGAAGAACGUGCAGACCCAGGAGACUCGCACGCUCACACAGUUCCACUUCCUCAGCUGGCCGGCAGAGGGCACUCCGGCCUCCACGCGGCCCCUGCUGGACUUCCGCAGGAAGGUGAACAAGUGCUACCGUGGCCGCUCCUGCCCCAUCAUCGUCCACUGCAGCGAUGGUGCAGGGAGGACUGGUACCUACAUCCUCAUCGACAUGGUACUGAACCGCAUGGCGAAAGUCUCCCACCCCAGGAUGCCCCAGGCUUUCUGGAUCUCCUCUGGACACCCCCUGAGCAGCCCUGUGCCCCACCCCCCUCCAGGAGUAAAGGAAAUUGACAUCGCUGCCACCCUGGAGCAUGUCCGUGACCAGCGGCCUGGCCUUGUCCGCUCUAAGGACCAGUUUGAAUUUGCCCUGACAGCUGUGGCAGAGGAGGUGAAUGCCAUCCUCAAGGCCCUGCCCCAGUGAGACCCCUGGGACCCCUCCACGGGCAGCCCAGCCUCUGCUCCUUCUUCGCCUCUGUGAUCAUCUAUCUGUGUACCCACUCCUCACUAACCCCUCUUGCUUCUGCCACCUGGGCCCCUCUUGGGCAUGUCCAGUCCUUCCAAGAGGACUGUGUAAGGAAGGGGAAGUGGGAAGGGCCAACCUGCCCAGCCUCUCUCAUGCCAGAGCCCAGGGCAUCCCUGGGGCAUCCCAUGAGGGAGCUGACGGACAUCCAGAAAGAGAGGCAAGUCAUGGGCAGCAAGUCCACCCAGGGCCCUCUCCUGCCUGAGUUCCCAGCCCCAUCUUCCACCCUUCUGGCUCCCAACAAGUCUAUGUGGAUGCCCUCCACCCUUCAAUGUGGACAUACCAGGGUGGUAUGCUCCUCAUGCUUUGCCAGCCCCUGCUGCCUGCUGUCCUGCCUCUGUGGCCCAUACUCUGGCUCCCCACCCCCACCCCAGGCCUCUUCCCCCAGCCCUCCCGCCACAUGCCACUCAGAUCUCUCCCUCUACCAGAAGAGAACAUUUCUAGAAAAGUUUACUUUUGUAUGAAUGUUAAUAAAGUUAGUGUGUCGUGUGUGCA